AUAGCCCUAGGCAACCUCUCGCGUUCUUUCUCUAAGCGAAAAUGGCAGAUAGGAAACGAGACAAGGAGAAGCUUAGAGAACGUGACACUCGCGAUCAUCGAGACCGGGAGCGAGACCGGGAGCGGGAUCGCGAUCGAGAUAGAGAUCGAGAUCGCGCCCGAGAGCGAGAUCGAGACCGAGACAGGGACCGCGAAAAGCGGAAGCGCUCCCGCUCGCCAGAUCAAUAUCGUCGCCGUUCUCCAUCUCCGGAUCGACGACGCUCCCGUUCCCGCUCGGAAGACCGGUCUCAGCGUCGGCACGGCCACCACCGUCGCUCCCCGUCCCCCGACGCCCACCGCCGCAAGCGGCGGCGCGAUGGAAGCGAUGAUGACCGUGAGUCCCGCCGCCCCAAAGGCUCCGAGGCAAACGCCGCCAACGGAGCCGCCAAGGAUUCGAAGAAGGUGGACACUGCAGUUGGCGGAGGUGAUGUGACAAUGGAAUUCACUGAAGUGGAUAGUGAAGAGAUGGAUAUGAUGAAGAUGAUGGGGAUACCGGUAGGUUUCGACUCAACAAAGGGUAAGCAAGUGGCUGGGGCGGAUGUUAGCGGGGUUCGUGCUGUGACUAAGAGGCAGCCGAGGCAGUACAUGAAUCGAAGGGGCGGCUUUAAUCGACCUUUACCUUUGGAGCGGAAUCGCUAGUGAUUAGCAGGAGAACUUCACUAAGGGGAAAACGAUUGGAUAAACUAGAAAGAAGAAUGAGCUACAUCUUCUUGAAGACAAAAUCAGUUUAUCAUGCUCCUUCAUUUCAACCUGCAAUAUUGAAAUAAUUUGACAGCAUCAUUAUAGGCUAGGAUGUACCUACUUCAAAACUAUACAUUGUCGAUUAAGACAAACUCACACACACAUUGCAUACACAAAGACUCGAACCCAAGAAAUCUUAGUUGGUAGCCUAAAUGUCAAAGAAUGGAAGCUCAUGUUCAUGGAUGUGGAGUGUUGAACUGAAUAGAGGACUUUCAAUCUGCUGAACCUGAUUGGAGUUUCAUCGGAUGCUAUCAGAUAUAUGCUGCCAAUGAAACUAUCAGUUAACCCAGCCUUUCUUCGUAUGAUUUGGCUUGCUGUGCAGGUGUUUCUGUUGUUCGUCUGAUGAGCUCUCUGAAAACUAUUCUUAGGCGGACUCUUCAUAUCAGAUUUUACUGGUGGCUUUUGAUGGAAAAUUGCUGGAAUGCUUGAUUUUGUGAACAAGUGUUGGAAAAUUAGUGUGAAUGUUUUGGUCCAAAUCAGUUCAGAGUCGUGCAUUCUUUUGGAGCUUUUGGUUGCAGAUUACUUAACGUCUAAUUAUGCACAAUCAUCCACCAGGAUCCUUGUGGUCAGUUUGUUAUAUUGGAUGCUUAGUAACCCAAAUCCUUUAGGCGACCAAGUGAUGAUGUAGAUUUAACACUUUUUUAAGGAACUAUCAUCAUUUACAGAAACUGUAACACGCUUUCCUCAUUUUGAGGAAAAAAUAUUUUGUGCGGAAGCGGAACCUGUCCGGAUGCUAAAGCUCGAGGCUCAGUAUGACUGACGUGAUUCAUUCUGAUUGGUAUUCGGAUAUAGAGCUGCCUUCGACGUUUACACAGAAUAAUCUGUCUUUUUGAGGGUGUACUGUGGUGAAGGUUUAUCCGCAAAUCCUUGUUGUUUUUCAAAUGUUCAUAUUAAAAUUAGUUGGCGAAUCACAUGUUUAUUUAUUUGAAAUAUUGAUAUUGAGAUUUAGGAGACUUUGUUGAA